AUGGUGGUGAACAAGCUAAAGGCGAAUCCUAUAUCGUCGGAUCCCGACUUUGUCUUGAAAGCAGAGAAUAUUCAGGUAUUUCAGAAGGCGCAUGGAGGAAAUCUGCUUGAUCGUUACGAUGACGGAUCUCUUGUACGUCUAGUCGACGGAUAUACGUACUAUGCCAUGGAGGUCUUUGAAACUGUGCCCACUGAUUUGUACCGAACAGUUGGCUUGAAGCAACUGCAGCCGUCUGUUUUCUGCCUGCCAGAGAAGCGCAGUUUUACGGAGGUUUCGCCGUUGGUGACCGCAGCAAUGAAAAUCGACCGCGGGGAGUUCGAGUAUCCUUGGCAUUGUUGGGAAUUGUAUGACGACGUUUUUGAUCCUUCAAAGCAGCCAAGAAUCAAUGGAAUCUCCGUGUUUGCCAAGGAUACAAAAACUGAGUUCUGCGAAGACGAAACCCUACCAAUCAACGACGAGAAAUGGGACCCAUUUGUCACUAUGAAGGAAGGGAAGGGUAACUACAAAAUCCCUCUGGAGAAAUACAAGGACCUCGUUGUCCACCGUGAGGGCAAGGAGCGCCGACAUUCACGAUAUGGAGUCCUUAUCACCGACGUCUCUCACGAAGAGGACUCUAUUGCAAAGAAAAGCCUCAAGAAGAAAGAAGGGGGGAAAACGAAGAUGCAGCAGACGCUGUAUUUUUCCUUCGUCCUUGAGAAAGGCACUGAUCUGAGGGCUCUCGGCAUGGCACUCGUAUACGACAACUUAGGUGAAGACCACUGCUCUCUGGUCCGGACAACCGAGAAUCCCACCAAACCGCAGCGGGGCCAAACUCCGCUAAUUACUUUCCAAGACGAAAUCGACUACACGAGCAAAGGAACAACGCUUACGCCCGACAACCGGAAUCUCCAGCCAGUGAGGCUUCACGUAGAAAUUGGCGGUUGUGAUUACUAUGCUUUCCCAUAUGUUGCUGCGCAUUUUCGGCUUCACAGCAUUGUACUGAAAGCUGCCGCUGAACCCAUUCCGCUCGACCACUUUGAAGAUGACCAAACCGAAACCAUUUUCAAAGCUGCAUCGCUCUUGUUCUCUGCUGAAAUCGAAGAACUUUACGAUGUCAUUCAAAUGCUGGAGCGUGUGGGCUACGCGGUGGACAAUCUGCCUAGUUCUUCUCGAAAGCUGUUGCUCGCGGCCAUCGACACACUCGAUACUGAACAGAUGACGCGUGAAGAGCGUGAGGCGCUUUCUGACGCAUCAGACAUGCUUAGCAGGCCCAAGGUGGGCAGCUCAAUGGUGACUGAAGCAGUAGAAGAGUUGGAGAAGCUCCACAUCAGCAGCACGAAGACUCACCCGCUAGAAACUCCAUCCCACCGAAAGCAAUCUUCGGAAACCAACAAGGUACCACAUUCAUUGGGCACUCCGGAAGCGAGUCCCCAGCAGAAUCCACAGGUGCCAUCACCGUCAACCUCCGAAGACAGCGCGCAGGGAAGCAAAUAA